UUUCAGAUAAAUUGUUUCUAAGUGUACUUUUCUCCGACAAAUUCAGGUCACGUGAUCCACUGACAGGUUUCAUUUUCUAAAGAAAAUCAUGGCAGCCACCAUCCGUCUCUUUAACCGUGUUUUGGCUACUGGAAGCCAGACAGCUGCUGGAGCUGGAUCUGUCCGAACAUGUUAUUCCAAAAGUCGAUCCAACAUGGUGCUCACCAAGAACACAAAGGUGAUCUGCCAGGGAUUCACUGGAAAGCAGGGAACAUUCCACUCAAGACAGGCUAUUGAGUACGGAACCAAUAUGGUUGGAGGAGUAUCCCCUGGUAAAGGAGGUAAAGAACAUCUUGGUCUACCCGUCUUCAACUCAGUACAGGAGGCCAGUGAUGCAGUUAAACCAGAUGCCACUGUUAUUUAUGUUCCUCCUCCAGGAGCUGCUGCCGCUAUCAUGGAAGCUCUGGAAGCUGAGGUUCCAUUGAUUGUCUGUAUUACAGAAGGUAUUCCCCAGCAGGAUAUGGUUAAGGUGAAGCACGCCUUGGUCAGACAGAGCAAGUCCAGGCUUAUCGGUCCCAACUGCCCGGGAAUUAUUGCUCCUGGUAAAUGCAAGAUUGGAAUUAUGCCUGGACAUAUUCACCAGCAAGGAUGUAUUGGUAUCGUCAGCAGAUCUGGUACACUCACAUACGAGGCAGUACACCAGACAUCACAGGUUGGCUUGGGGCAGACCCUGUGUAUAGGUAUUGGUGGAGAUCCCUUCAACGGAACAAACUUCAUUGAUUGCCUUGAGAUCUUCGUUAAUGAUCCAGAAACUAAGGGAAUCAUCAUGAUUGGAGAGAUCGGUGGAGAAGCCGAGGAGAAGGCCGCCGAAUACCUGAAGCAGGUCAACUCGGGGCCUAACGCUAAGCCCGUUGUAUCCUUCAUUGCUGGAGUGACUGCUCCCCCCGGCCGUAGGAUGGGUCAUGCUGGAGCUAUCAUCUCAGGAGGGAAGGGAACUGCAGGAACCAAGAUUGCAGCUCUAGAGUCGGCUGGAGCUAUUGUUACCGCUAGCCCUGCACAAAUGGGAACUGCUCUUGUCAAGUGCAUGAGGGAGAAGGGAUUGGCUUAAAGUGUCCUUAACUUUCUACAGGACAAGAGUAUCUUGGGUCUACACAAGACUUGAUCUGGAUAUCUUGGUCCUAUACAGGACUAAAUAUGGAUUUCUUGGUCCUAUACAGGACUAAAUAUGGAUUUCUUGGUCCUAUACAGGACUAGAUCUUCAUAUCCUACUGUCCUGAUAAACCGAUCUUGUUUUUAAUAUCUGUUCCGUCUGAUACAAAUCUUCAGUGAUAAAAGAAUAACCAAGCAAAUACAACGGUUACCGUGUCCUGGCACUAAAGUGUGAUUAAUAAUACUGUUCCAGUUUAAUGUAUUCGUCAUCAAAAGCUAUUUAAUAAAAUGUUUACAUAUUUAUAUCUGAUGCUCAGUUUCAGUUAAAAGUAUUAUUUCUUAAAGUUUUGAUCAGA